UCGUCUUCGAGAUUAGUAUUUGUAGAUUAUUAACAACUUGUAGUAUCGCAUAGACUAACCGCUUUUUACACUGUGGUUGAGAGUUUUUUUUUUUUUUUUUUUUUUUUUUUUGAGGGUAUCCCUACAAACCAUUAACUACCGCUACUCGGCUUCCUCUCGUCAUUCGCAGUUUAGUGCUCAACCGCUUAACACGUAUUUCAAACUUGUGCUCAAUCCGUGCUAAAAUGCCGAAAAGAAAACGGUCUGCUGAUCUAGACGACGAAUUUUUACAUCUUAUGCGUAAAAUGAAAAAAUUAAAACGUAGAAUGCGUAGGAAAAAAGAUAGUGCUACGGACAGUGACUCGCGAGAUGAAGAUUCGCCGGCUCGUGAAGGUGUUCCAAGGAUGCGAAGCGAGGUUCACAAUCCAGAGUCGCCUACCGUGCAACUAGAUACGGAUGGAUCGUUGCCAGGAUCUCCUGAAAAUGUUGAUGCGCAACCGAGUAUAGACGAUGCCUUGUUAGACAUCCAAGCGUCAGGUUCAACAAAUGAAACUGAUAAAAUAAUUUCGGUUCCACCGGUCGCAGUGCCUGAAACAUCUACCCAGGACGAAACUCCAGAACUAGACACUGAUAUCCUGGAAAUAUUAGGUGACGACCCAAUGGUACAAAUAAAGUAUGGAAAAGACAUACGUUCAGAACUUGCAUCGCGUUUGCAACACCUUACCCAAGAAGGACUCAACAAGGAGACCAGAAAAAACCUAAUCGCGAAAUAUCCAUUGCCCGCGAACUGUACGCUUAUAGGAGCUCCCAAAAUUAACCCGGAAAUUAAAGCAGCACUUGCUGACAUUGCUUUAAAGCGAGAUAAGGGUAUUGAGACUAAGCAGGUACAGAUGGCAUCAGCCCUGUCAUGCUUAAGUGACAUUAUUACGUCCCAUCUUAACUCAAAAGAAAGAGACAACGAAUUAUUACAAAAGCUCAUGGAUACUGCCCGCCUACUUUGUGAUAUCCAACACAAUGACUCUGCUACCAGAAAACACUUCGUUCUAUCAUCUCUCAAGAAAGAUAUGAAAGAACAUCUAACGAACACAAAAAUUGACUCGUUCUUGUUUGGACAAAAUUUGGCGGAUACUAUAAAAUCUGCCAAAGCAGUUAACAAGUCUGGUGUUGAAUUAAAAGCAGAUGAGAAGAACCAGUCUAAGAGACCCAACACCUCGGUACCGAAACCUUUAAACCGACGAGCUCCUGCUCCGGCGCGCAGGCAACCGGGUGCACCUCCAAGGAGCCGCGGGCCUGCAGCCCAGCGAGGCUCAGCUGCCCCGCCGCCGCAGACGUACUACAGAACGCCGUGGCCAGCACCGCCGCCGCCUCCCCCGCCGCCACCGCCACCGCCGCCGCCACCACCUCCGACGGCUCGUCGCCGUUAUUAAAUACCGUUAAGUAUGCUGGUAGAUUAUCACUAUUUUCUCGACAAUGGGCCAAAAUUACAGACGACCACACUAUUCUCGAGUGGAUUAAAGGGUAUAAAAUAAAAUUUUCAUCUCCAGUAGUACAACAUACAGUGCCUGUGCAGCGCAUUUAUAGUGAUUCUGAGCGCACACACCUCACGGAAGCGAUAGAAAACCUCUUGAGAAUAGGGGCCGUCUCAGAAUGUAAACCAUGCAGUGGCCAAUUCUUGUCAAGUUUUUUCCUGACACCCAAACCAAACGGAAAAAUGAGAUUCAUUUUGAACCUUAAAAAACUAAAUAAAUUCAUUACUUCUGAUCACUUUAAACUCGAAGAUUUACGUACUGCUCUAAAAUUAACAUCUAAAGAUUGUUUCAUGGCUACACUUGAUCUCAAAGACGCCUACUUUUUAAUUAAAAUUCAUAAAACAUCAAGAAAGUUCCUCCGUUUUGCCUUUGAUGAUAAAAUUUACGAAUUUAAUGUACUUCCGUUUGGUUUGAGUACAGCACCUUAUAUUUUCACGAAAAUAAUGAAACCAGUCGCAAAAUGUUUAAGAUCCGCUGGCCUGCUAUCUACUCUUUAUCUGGACGACUGGCUACUUUUUGGCCAAUCCUUUCAAGAGUGCAUGUCAAAUAUUAACAGCACGAAAGAAUUACUUAUUUCCUUGGGAUUUAUCGUUAAUACAGAAAAAAGUGUCCUCAUACCUUCGCAGUCAUGUAAAUUCCUGGGAAUGAUUAUUGAUUCAUGUAGUAUGACUCUUAGCUUGCCAACUGAAAAACGUUUACGUGUUCAGUCUGAAUUAGAUUUUUUUGCCAAAUUAAAACGCUGCAAAAUCAGGAAGUACGCACAGCUGGUAGGCCUACUCGUAUCCGCUUGUCCGGCUAUUGAGUACGGCUGGCUUUACACUAAAGAAUUAGAAAGAUGCAAAUUUCUUAAUCUAAAAGAUCAUGACGAUUACGAUAGAUUCAUGAAUAUCCCUGAAUCUGUCUUGCCAGACAUUCAUUGGUGGUCAAAUACUAUAACUCACUCUGUACGCCGUAUCAGAGAUGAUAAUUAUGUUAUCGAAAUUUAUUCUGACGCCUCAACAACGGGGUGGGGUGCAUACUGUGAUAGCAAUACGGCGAGUGGUCAAUGGUCUCAAAGUGAGCAAGAACAACACAUAAAUUAUCUUGAGUUGCUUGCCGCCUUCAUAGCUUUAAAAAUCUUUGCCAAGAACUUGCAUGAUUGCCAGGUACUUUUGCGAGUAGACAACACCACCGCGAUAUCUUACAUCAAUCGCAUGGGUGGUGUUCAGUUCCCGCACCUAACUCAAAUAACUCGAGAUAUAUGGCAAUGGUGCGAGACCCGAAGGCUUUACAUAUUCGCGUCAUAUAUUAGGUCGUGUGACAAUAUAAUGGCAGAUGCCGAGUCUCGUAGAACCCAUCCUGAUAUAGAAUGGAACCUAAGUGACUGGGCUUUUCAACAUUUAUUAGUUAAUUUCGGUACACCGGAAAUUGAUCUUUUCGCAAGUCGCCUAAACCAUAAAUGUUCAAAUUACAUCUCCUGGCACAGGGAUCCGGAUGCUAUGGCUAUUAAUGCGUUUACAAUAUGCUGGUCACAUUUUUAUUUCUACGCUUUCCCACCAAUAUCCAUGAUUCUCAAAACCCUCAGAAAAAUCAUUGCUGACAAGGCACAUGGAAUCAUGAUUGUACCACUUUGGCCAACUCAAGCCUGGUACCCAUUAUUUAGAAGCCUUCUUGUUUCUAAUAUAAUUACAUUCUUACCCAACGAUAACGCCCUGUCAUUUCAUUCCAGUUCUCGUCGAAUACACUCCUCCCUUACCCUGGUUGCAGGAGUGUUAUCCGGGAAGCGUUAACGAGAAGGAGCCUACCGAAGGCCUCUUUAGAUAUCAUGUUAUCCUCGUUGUCGGAUAGUUCAAUCAAACAAUACGAUGUAUGUCUACGAAAGUGGUGGUCUUUUUGCCAAUGCAAUUCAGUUGAUUAUUAUAAAGCAUCGGUCCCCAUUGUAAUUUCAUUUCUUACACAAAUGUUUAAUGAUGGAUGCCAGUAUGGGACGCUAAACUCAUAUAGAUCUGCUCUUUCAUUGACCUUAGGUCCAGCUGUGGCAAAAGAUGAUAGGCUACAGAGAUUUCUAAAAGGCGUGUUUCGAAUUAGACCACCUCUUCCCAAAUAUAACUUUACCUGGGACACCAACUGCGUUCUAGACACUCUAAGUACAUGGCAUCCUAACGAGGACUUAUCCUUAAAUCAGUUAACAAAAAAGACUAUUACGUUACUUGCUCUCACGACAGCUCACCGAAUGCAAACCCUUUCGAAAAUUAAAGUUAAAAAUAUAGAGUUUCACAAUAGACAAAUAAUUAUAAAAAUUCCCGAUUUCAUAAAAACCUCUCGCCCUGGUGCUAAACAACCAAUUCUUCUUUUACCUUACUUUACGGAUAAGCCCUCUAUUUGCCCUGCAAAAACUCUAGAAUGUUACCUUAACAAAACUUCAUCUUUAAGAACAUCUGAAGAACUAUUUAUUGGUAUGAGUAAACCACAUAAAUCUGUUGGUUCACAAACGCUAAGUCGUUGGGUAAAACGCACACUUGGCGAAUGUGGUCUGAACACGGAUAUAUUCUCCGCGCACAGUACACGUCAUGCCGCGACAUCUCGCGCCCAGUCCCUUGGGGUCAGUGUGGAUCUAAUUCGUAACACCGCUGGUUGGAGUGGAAACUCUAACACUUUUGGCAAAUAUUACAAUAGAAACAUUGUUAAUACAGAUGAUUUGUCAUUCGCUAGGGCUAUCAUUAAUAACUAUCAUAUAUAAUGAUCAAUUUUGUAGAAUAGUGAUGUUACAAUUAAUAUAAGUAAUAAUUGUAUUCAGUCGCUGAUUUAACAUUACUUAACAUAAAACGUGUAAUGAAUAUACAUAAAAAUGAUUAAUAAAAUUACAUAAAAACUAAUAAUAAAAACUUUAUUGACUAUAUUUCCUUUUGUCCUGACUCUCAAAGUCUACAAGUUGUUAAUAAUCUACAAAUACUAAUCUCGAAGACGAAGCGCGAAGUAUAAUUAGUGAUUAAACGAACUUACCUGAGUGAAGUUCUAUCAUAAUUAUACGAAGCGCUUCGUCUGAAGAGAUUAGUAUGCUUUCCCUGCCCACCCUUGCCCUUAGUUAACAAAAGAAAUAUGUCAAUGUUAUGAUUGUAAUUCUUAAUAGCUCUAAACUAAAUGACGAGAGGAAGCCGAGUAGCGGUAGUUAAUGGUUUGUAGGGAUACCCUCAUAAAAA